ACGAGGCGCAGCAUCGACUCUGCAUUGACGACAAAUGGAGAUGCAAACAUGGCCGGGGAGAACGGUGGCCUUCUUAAAAGAAUGUGAAAAGUAAUUGUUGUUCUGCUUUCAUCUCAAGCAGACGCAGUGGGUUUCCUUCAUUCCUUGAACUUGAAGCCAUGAGUUCCACCAGACAAAGAGGCAAAGCUCUCUCCUUUUCAUUGAAGGGUCCCCAUUUCUUGAAAAUAAUUCUUGAAGACACCAUGAGAGCAGGAAAGCUGGGGAUACCGUCAAAUUUCGUGAGAAAAUAUGGAAGUAGCCUGCCAAAUGUAGUGUUCCUUAGGGUCCCAAAUGGUCCGGAUUGGCGGGUAGAAUUGUCCAGACACAAUGACAAUGUUUGGUUACACAAUGGGUGGAGAGAAUUCGCAGAGCACUACUCUCUAGACUACGGUCACUUACUAGUAUUUGAACAUAAAGGAUGUAGCCAGUUCUAUGUAAUGAUAUUUGAUAAGAGUGCCAUCGAAAUCAACUACCCAUAUUAUGGUACCAUUGGCGGUGAGGUCCAUGAGGAGCAUAACCUUGGUGGAGAAGGGAAAGAACUGAAACAGAAAAAAACUGUGAGUGAUGAAUCUGUUGAAAUAUCUGAUGACCUAACUACAAACAAGAGCGCAAGAGCAUCCGUUGAUUCUCUUCAGCCUCGUAAGAAGAUGAGGAAUGAUUCAGCUAGUCAAACAAAACACAGUUUAAUGAGAGUCCCACUUUCUAGAGAAAAUGACGCUCAAUGUAAUGGGCCAAAGCCUGGGAUUUCACCUUGUUCUCGCAAAGAAUUUGGAGGUGCUGGAAGCACAUCUAGUCGACGGAUAAGGUCAAAUGCUGGGAUUGUUGAUAGGACAUCGUCAUUGUCAUCCAAAGAAAAGGCCAAAGCUUUAGAGAGAGCUAGUGCUUUUCAGUCUAAAUAUCCUUAUUUCGUGAUGGUCAUGCAACCAGCCUAUGUUCCAGUUCGUGGGAAAUGUAGAUUGGCUAUACCAACUCCCUUCUCCAGAAAACAUCUUGGGGCAAAACAAGGCAAUGUCACCCUCUGUGUUUCUGAUGAGAGAACUUGGUCUGCUAAGUACCAAUUCUAUCGAAGACGAUCUAGCCCGAUACGGGCAUUAUCGUUCAUCUCAAAUGGCUGGAAAGGAUUUGUGCAUGACAACAAUUUAAAAGUUGGUGAUGUUUGUGCCUUUGAAUUGAUCACGACCCGUGACAUCAAAUUUAAAGUUUUUAUUUUCAGAGCUGUUGAAGAUCCAAAUCUCCAGCAUUCUCAAGGCGAUGAGAACAGACCCAACAGCGAUGAGCCGAGAAGAAGCUUGGAGAGAAGUAUUGUAUCAGAUUGUACUUGCAAAAAUGAAAGUGGCCUGUGCGGUGGAUUGUGUGCGCUGCGAGACAAAGACGAGAGACUCAAAAAGGUCUUCAUGUUAGGACCGCCCCUGCUAUUAAAGAAGAAAACAUAAACUAAUAUCAAUUGAUAGUUUAUGGAACUUUUG